AUGUAUAAGAUUAAGUAUCCUCAAAAUACCUGGUUUCAGUUAUGGAACCCAGCCACCAACACAUUAUCUAACAAAUAUACCAUGCCUAAUUUUGAUUAUUUCAGACUUUCCGGGUUUUCAUUUGGCUAUGAUAGUUCAACUGAUACUUAUAAGUUUGUGUAUUUCCGUCCGAACGAGUUGAAAAUAUUUAGUUUCGGCUCUAAUGUUUGGAAAACUAUUCAAAUUCCUGACAUGGAUCCUUUAAAUAAUAUGAAUCGCGUUCCCCAUAAACGUUGUGAAGGUGUGCAUUUGAAUGGCACUGUUAACUUAUUGGCCCGAGAUAUUGCUAAACAAAUUGUGAUCAUCUCGCUGAAUCUGGGUAACGACACAUAUAGCAAGUUACUUCGUCCUCAAGAUUUUGUUGAAGUUUCACUUCAUUCACCAACUAUUCAUGUGUUGGAAGACUCUCUCUAUUUUAGUCACCAUACCCAACAAACUCAUUUUAUCAUGUGGAAGAUGACGGAAUUUGGAAUUGAAAACUCUUGGACUCAAUUUCUUAAAAUAAGCUAUCAGGAUUUGGAUAUUCAUGUUGAAUAUAAAUAUUUUUUGGCUCCAUUAUGCCUUUAUGAGAGAGAUUUGUAUCAUCAUACGAAAUAUAAAUGUUUUCUCUCUCCACUGUGCCUUUAUAAGAACGGCAUCGCACUAGUACAUGCAGCAAACGGCCAUGGAUUGCAUGUGAUUGUCUAUAAUUGGACUGAAAAUAGAAUAGAGAAAACUAGAAUGGACAGUUCAUUGUUGUGGAUGGUUAACCAAAAUUAUGUUGGAAGUUUAGUUCCGACGAGUUGA